CCAGGCGCUCUGGUUCGCUGAGGCUGGAGCCCGGAAGUAUGUGUCAAGCUGGAAGGACGGAUCGGUGACGACUGGAGAGCUAUAAAGGGAGAUCCGGUGUAGGAGAUGCGAGCAGCGUUGCGCCUGGCAGUAGUGGCAGUCCCUAUGGGUGUGCUGCUGUCCCGGACCAUGGCGUGGAUGUCCAGCGGCAAAACACACCCGGAGCUCAUCAGCAGGCUGAGGGAUCACGGGGUGAUCCGCAGCGACCGAGUGUUUGAUGCCAUGCUGGCUACAGACAGAGGGAUCUACUCUACAGAUUAUCCUUACGCAGACUCUCCUCAGUCCAUAGGCUACAGGGCAACCAUCAGUGCACCACACAUGCAUGCUCACGCAUUAGAGCUGCUGAGUGACAAACUAACUGAAGGGGCAGCGGCAUUAGAUGUGGGAUCAGGAAGUGGAUAUCUCACUGCCUGCUUUGCAAGGAUGACAGGACCCAGCGGUAAAGUGGUUGGCAUUGAACACAUCGAUGAACUGGUUCAAAUGUCAAUAAAAAAUGUGCAAGCUGACGACCCAGAACUGCUCACCUCUGGGCGCAUCAAACUUAUAGUGGGAGACGGCAGACUCGGCUACCCAGAGGGAGCGCCGUAUGAUGCCAUUCACGUUGGUGCAGCUGCACCUACCGUUCCUAAGUCUCUCUUGGAGCAGCUGAAGCCUGGUGGGCGGUUGGUUCUCCCGGUGGGCCCUGACGGUGGCAGUCAGGUGCUAGAACAGUACGAUCGGCAGAGUGACGGGACCUUUCUCAAGAGAGCUUUGAUGGGAGUGGUUUACGUCCCCCUGACUGAUAAGAGGCGUCAGUGGCCUGGAGGUGAGCUCUGACUGCAGUGUGGUUGCCCCUGCAGGAGGUGGCGUUGGUGCUGCAUCUCCGGGGCCCCAUAGCACUCCUCGUGGUUUCACUGAGUUCCAGACUUAACGGCCACCUGCCCCGCUGGGUUGUCACCUAGCAACAUACAAGGAGGAUCUCGCUCUGUUUGCCCGACCAGAUUGUCUUCCAAGAGCUCUAAACAGUGAGUAAGUGAAUGAGUGACCACCGCUGGACUGAUGACCUUACUCCCAUAAUCCUUGGAGUCAGUUGAAGUGAUUCACGGUAUUGUUUAUGGGUCAGGAAGUUCAGCUAUGAGAAAAAUGCAAUUACAGCUUGAUGAGGUGAAGUUUGUGUUCUGGAUGUGGGAAAUUCCUAAGAACUUGUGUGUAUACUCAUGGGAAUGCUUUGGUUAUGAAUGCAGUAACAAAUGAAGACAAACCCAAAUAAAAGCCAAGAAACUUAAAUGAAAAUACAGCAAGUUAACAAAGUAAUAUAUAUUUUGUGGUAAGAACUUCUUAUUUGCUUCAUAUAUUGUAUAUGUUGGAUAUGCCUGGCUGACAUUGUUACAGAGGAGGCAUUGUGCCAAUAAUAUUUUGAAACUAUACAAAUGUUGAAUUACGUGUACACUUAAAAGAUUUAUCAAUAAAACCUACAGAAAGAGA